AUGGUCCAAGCUUCUGUGCUCGUCCGCAGUACGACAGCCAGUGGCUCCGCUGUCUACGAGUCUAAGCGUGCAGUGUACGAGUAUCUCCAGUUCCACUACGGUACUGCUCUGGUCCCCUAUAGCUUCGCCCCACUGGACGCGCUGGACUUUCUACCGCGCACUGUAGAGCGCUGUGCUUCGCUGACGCCUACAACUCGGCGUACACGUGCUCUGGAUAUUGGCUGUGCUGUGGGUCGAGCCACGUUCGAACUUAGCAAGUUCUAUGACGAGGUGCUGGGCAUUGACUUUUCGCAGCCUUUUGUUGACGCUGCGAACCAGAUGAAGGAGCGUGGCGAGACGGUGUACGAAGCUCAUAUUCAGGGAGAUAUCCGUGAAGAACGCUGUGCGAAAUUGCCUGAGGGAGUCAAACCAUCGAGCGUUCUGUUUCAGCAAGGUGAUGCGUGCAACUUGCCGUUGUCGUUAGGCAAGUUUGACGCGGUGUUUGCCUCCAAUUUGUUGUGUCGGCUGCCAGAACCUCAGAAGUUCUUGACGGAGAUCGGCAGGUUUAUCAACUCUGGUGGUGUCCUUGCUCUCGUUAGUCCGUACUCGUGGCUGGAGGAGUACACGGCUAAAGACAAGUGGAUUGGCGGCGUGCGUGACACUGAGGGCAACAUUGUCGACAGCUUCAGCGUGAUUGAGCAGUUGCUGUCGAAAGACUUUGAGCUGCUAGAGCGUCAGGACUACCCGUUCAUGAUUCGCGAGCACGAGCGCAAGUAUCAGUGGGGAGUGUCCGACGGUACUUACUGGAAGCGCAAGUGA